AUGGAUAACUACAGUGGCGCUACUCAAGGCCGCGGUUGCUAUAACUGUGGCGAUGGCUCACAUCAGGUUCGAGACUGUCCUACCCGUGGACCAGCAAAAUGUUAUAAUUGUGGUGGAGAAGGGCACAUGAGCCGUGAAUGUCCGGAGACUCCCAAGGAUAAAACUUGCUACAAAUGUGGCUAUCCCGGUCACAUCUCUCGAGACUGUACUAGUGCCUCAACCGAAAACACUGGCCGUUCUGGGGGUGCCUACACUGCGGGUGGUGGUGGUGGUGGUGGCUCACAAGAGUGCUACAAGUGCUCCAAAUUUGGACAUGUUGCUCGUAAUUGCCCCGAGUCUGGCGGAUAUGAUAAUCAACGAAGUUAUGGAAGCGGUCAGACUUGUUAUUCAUGCGGUGGUUAUGGUCAUUUAUCUCGCGAUUGUACUCAAGGUCAAAAGUGUUACAAUUGUGGCGAGCUCGGUCACCUUUCUAGGGAUUGUGCUUCAGAAGUCACCUCCGAGCGAACUUGCUACAAGUGUAAGCAGCCUGGUCACGUCCAGGCUCAAUGUUCUAAUUAA